UCAAGCAGAUCAAAAGCACGUUCCCGGAGCUACGGAGCGAGAUAAUUCAUCAGCAAGCAAGCAAGACGUUCUGCUUUUUGCCAGCUUCUCUGGACUUUGAUCCAAGCGGUGUUCACGUGAAAGCAACAUUCAGAACCGGAGUCGGACGAAGCCACGUAGCCUAGCAGCUGCUGUUUUGUCGGUGACAGACGCUCCUAACUACCCUCACGGCGCGUCAAAUAGCGCUGCCAAAUACUGCGCCCUGCCUUAUUCUCAAACACGCCCACGCCGACGGACCAAUCAUCAACAGAUCUGCCAUCUGCGUAAAGUUUCUCCAGUUCCACGCCUCGAGUCAAUCGCACCCACAUCGAGAAGGGACCAAGUCAAAUAGCGCCCACGCGUUUUUACAGCAAAAAUGGCGAACAAGCUGUCCCAAUUUGGCAACAAGUUGCUGCGUCGCCGCGUGCUGGACUUAACCAGCGAGGAGACCCGCUUCGCCCGCUGCCUGUCCACGCUGGACCUCAUCGCCUUGGGGGUGGGCUCCACCCUGGGCGCCGGCGUCUACGUGCUAGCCGGCGAGGUGGCCCGUGAGAAGGCCGGGCCCGCCAUCGUCCUCUGCUUCCUCAUAGCCGCUCUGUCUUCAAUGUUGGCGGGCCUGUGCUACGCUGAGUUCGGCGCUCGCGUCCCCAAGACGGGCUCUGCGUACCUCUACAGCUACGUGACGGUGGGGGAGAUUUGGGCCUUCAUCACCGGCUGGAAUCUCAUACUUUCCUAUGUGAUUGGUACGGCGAGCGUGGCUCGUGCGUGGAGCUCCACUUUCGACAACCUAGUGGAGCAAAAGAUCUCGGACUUCUUCAAAGCCGCCAUGACAAUGAAGGUGCCCGGCCAAGUGUUGGCUGAGUACCCUGACCUGUUUGCGCUCAUCUUGGUGCUCCUGCUCACCGGCCUGCUGGCCUUUGGUGUGAGCGAGUCGGCGCUGGUCAACAAGAUUUUCACCGGCAUCAACCUGGUGGUGCUGGGCUUCGUCAUUAUCUCGGGUUUCGUAAAGGGCGACGCGGCCAACUGGAACCUCACGCUGGAGAACUACACUACGUUCCGGAACGAAAGCAACAACAGCAAUGUCGAGAAAGAAUUCGGGACUGGCGGUUUUGCUCCAUUCGGCCUUGCCGGCGUUCUCUCCGGUGCCGCUACCUGCUUCUACGCUUUUGUCGGCUUUGACUGCAUCGCCACCACAAGUGAGGAGGCCAAGAACCCCAUGCGUGAUAUCCCCAUCGGCAUCGUGGCCUCGCUGCUCAUUUGCUUCGUCGCCUACUUCGGCGUGUCGGCCGCUCUCACCUUGAUGAUGCCCUACUACCAACUGAACACCCAGAGCCCUCUGCCCGAGGCCUUCACCUACGUGGACUGGGCCCCGGCCCGCUACAUCGUGGCCGUGGGCUCGCUGUGCGCUCUGUCUACCAGCCUGCUGGGCUCCAUGUUCCCCAUGCCCCGCGUCAUCUACGCCAUGGCGGAGGACGGGCUGUUGUUCCGCACGCUGUCCAGGAUAAAUGCUCGCACCAAAACGCCCGUGCUGGCCACCAUCGUUUCUGGCAUUGUCGCCGCUCUGAUGGCCUUCCUGUUUGACCUUGCCGCUCUGGUCGACCUCAUGUCCAUCGGAACGUUGUUGGCGUAUUCGCUGGUGGCUAUUUGUGUUCUCAUUCUCAGGUACCAGCCAGGCACAUUGCGGUCAUCCAGCCAGACAGAGAAGCUGAUGGAAGGCGAGAAAGGGACCGUGGGCGGCGUGGGCGGCGUGGGCGGCGUGGACAGCGGCGACGAGUACACUGAGAGUGAGGAGAAGCCCUUAAGCCAAGCUUUUACCUACAAGAUGCUGCUCAGCCCCGGCUCAAAGAACCCCACGAUCAUCUCGGGCAAAAUCGUCUAUGUGACCACCGCCAUCAUCUCCGUCUUCAUCACCAUCCUGUGCAUCAUCCUGGCCAACUUUCUACCGGAGCUGCUGGUCGGCAACGGCGUUGUGGUGGCGUCUUGUGUUAUUUUGACUCUGCUGUGCAUCGGCUGCCUUAUCAUCAUCUGCAGGCAGCCCGAGAGCAAAGAAGCUCUGACUUUCAAGGUUCCUCUCCUCCCUUGGUUGCCCCUGUUCAGCGUUUUCGUCAACAUCUACCUCAUGAUGCAGUUGGACAAGGCCACGUGGUGGCGCUUCACCGUCUGGAUGGUCAUUGGUUUCGCCAUCUACUUCUUCUACGGCAUACCCAACAGCAGCGCUAACCGCCCAUCGCCUCGCAAAUACGAGCCGGAGCUGGAGUCCAAGAGCCCCAUUUACGUGGGAGCCCCCAUCGACAGCGACGUGGAGGGGGCCAACAGCCCCUUAUAGCCGCACACGCGGUCCUGGAGAACGGAGGGAGUUGCGCUUUGCCAGCGUGCACGUGGACUUUGGAACGUUGCCCGAAAGGGAGGCGAGGCUUUUGCCUCUCGUCACACAAGAUGCCAAUAAUAACGCGAUGUUUCGGACACUGUGACAGACGCCGGUUCUUUUUUUUUUUUUUUCUUCUAUACGUCGCCUGUGCGUGUAGCUAGCCGCAUCGCUCUUCUACAUUGACGCAAGAUCCUCGUCCUCCCUCGUCUCCAUUAGUGGAGAUGAUGAUUAGCGCUUGUGACGCUACGCUGGCAAAUGUCAACUUCUUGUCCGCGUACACUAGAUUGCACCAGCCUGUUGCUUUGUGUCUGCUGUGUGUGCGUGUGUGUGUAUGUAUGUGUAAACAGGGUAGUUCCGAAACUAAACAGGCUUAACGUCCUGUUUGGGACCUAAAUGCUGAAAGGUCAAUAAUGGAACACUAUCCAUGUUGAUGCUAGCUACAUGACACCUCAAACGUUUUUCCUAUUUACUUUUGAAUAGUUGACUUUUCCGCAAAUUUUUUACUCGUGCGCACCAUCAAUUGACAAAUUGUUACUAGCAAACUUGUUACUAGCAAACUUGAAACUCGUACCCUGCAAAGUUGUGAGUCCGGUCAGCUUUUCAAGUUCCAGUGUCAAAUAUUGUAGAUGUGUUACCGACAACAAAACAGAACGGCCAAAGUUGUCACGUCGCUUGACUUGCUCUAACUUAAAAAGUCAAGUGAGCUGGUGAGAACGUUGGAACUUUUUGAACUUACAGCAAAUUAAUCGAACUUCUCAUUGACAUUCAGUGGACCCUUCAUAAUUGUGACCUAGGCUGACUUUGUAGUUCUAAUAUGACAAUUUGUUUUUGACAACAAAACUUGAACUUCUUGUUAACGUGUUGAGUGUGCAGUGGAACCUCUUAAGUUGUGACACGUUCAGCUUUUCCAAAAUCUAAUGAAUGACAACUUAGCCAAUGGCAUGGCAAUAUUUCUCACUGACUUUAAAGUUUAGGAUAACGGUUCACGUCUACUUUUAAUUAAUAAUUUAUUUGUUCUCGCCUCAUGAUACAUUUUUAACUCCUACGGUCAAUGUUUUAACUUGCUAAAAUUUCAUACGCACAGUGAAAUAAAAGUAAAAUUCACCCUAAGACGUCUGACUAGAAAUGUAAUGUUUAUUGUUAUUGUUUGAGUACAGCACUGGAAAACGAAUUGAUUUUUUUAUUAAUUGUGGUUUUUACCCUUUUCAAAGCCAAAGAAAAAGCAGAACUGCAUUUAAAGCUGAAGUCUCAGUUGGCUUUGGAGGUUCCACUCCAUUUUUUUUUUUUUUUAAACCGCCUUUAUCCACACCAAUGAAGUCAUUGCAGAUGUGAGGGGCACUUGGUGAAGUCAUUGACUAAUCAAUUGAGUAUGUAGGAAUUUUGUCAAGAUAGCGCUUCGUGGCUUUAUAUCGUGGCAGAUGUAUUGUCAUUCGCGGUUUAGUUUUGAUUGAAACUUGGCAGCUUUGUCUGUUAAGAUGUAGUCUUCUGUCUCUUUAGUAGAGCGCCUUAUUUAAAUGUGUACAUCAGUCAUGUUUGGGAUGAGUGGAUUGAAAUGCUUUAGCUCAGUUAACUUAAAUACUGACAAGUUUUACACUGGGGUGGGCAACCUGUGUACAUAAUGUAAUUUAUCGCAUCCCAUGCAUUAGUAAAGCAAAGCAAGAUCCUUGAAAUGAAAUGGACACAUUAAUAUUAAGAAAGAGAAAGUCAUUUUACAAGAAAGUUUGGAGUCUCACAAGGCCAGUACCUUAGGGAGUAUUUUUAUGAUAGUAUGGUUAAAAAAAAAUCACAUAAGACAAUAUUGUCACAUAGCAUUUAUUCUAAAAAAAAUGGCUUUGAUAUGUUAUCAAAUUUUGAGGAUAACUUUAUUUUUAUAAUAUUACGACAAUGUUAAAUUAUUUUCCCAACAUGGACCUCAUGGUUGUAAAAUUUUUUUUUCCUGGACGCCACCAUGACUUGUAAAGUUUGACUUUUUUUUUUCUCUCUCAAAAAUAUAGUAACUUUUUGACUUAGCACUUUUGAUGAAUUUAUUCUUGUAAGAUUCCAACUUUUUCUGGUACUGGAGUUUUCCUGUUAAAAUGCUUGACUAUUCUCGUAAAAUUAUGCCCUUUUUCCUUGUAAAACUACUUUUUUUUUAAAUUGAUUUUCUUUUCAUAAAUUUUAUUAAUUGUAUGUGAUUGUCUUAUUAUAUUUUCUGAAUGUAGGCCUUCGUAAGUAAAAUGGCCCGCUAGAAAAAGGUUUGCCCACCCCUGUGUGUGUUUUUUUUGCGACUUUGUUUUCAUUAUUGUUUUGCCAUUGAAGUAAUCAGCCUUUCUGACCAAAAUGAACUACUACUGUCAUCUUUUGAAAAAGAAUAUCGACCUCUUAAAAGUUUGUCUAUAAUGUCAUGUGAUUCUAAAAAUGUCCCCCAGCAUAAUUAAUGUGCUUUACUGUGUAUUGUACGUACAGUAUUUGUGUAAAAGUAUAUUUGUCAAAUGCUGUCAAUUAGAACCCCAAUCCACCCACCUACCAUGAUUAAUGCUUCUGAAUAAUUGUGGGGGGAAUAAGAAGUGCCUCAAAAUAAUCAUCUGUUGGAUGGAAAGCACCAAGGCUGGUAGGGAUUUUUUUUUUUCAAGAAAAAAUAUCAAAAUCAUAUGAGGCAUAUGCGUCUGCUCAUCAUAACGUUACAUCCAGCCCUAGUGCCUUUCAAAACAAUUUGUCUUUAAUCGAUUUUUUGAUCUUAACAACAAUGGUCUGUUUCAUUUUGUGUCUUGUUUCCAAAAUGUACAUAUAGCUGUUAUGUAUAAAUAAACCAGGCUGUACUUUGUUUUAAUAAAAAAGAAAAAUCCUUU